GAGAAGCCCGGCCCAAUGAAAGUCACCUCUGGAGACUCUUGUACUCUAGAAUGCACAGUGGACGGCACACCGGAGCUUACCACUAGGUGGUUUAAGAAUGGGAAAGAGCUGUCUACUAAUCAGAAAUACAAAAUUAGCUUCUUCAACAAAGUGUCUGGGCUCAAGAUCCUCAAUGCAAAAGUAGAAGACAGUGGGGAGUAUACUUUUGAGGUGAAAAACAGUGUUGGUCAAAGCAGGUGCACAGCUUCAGUGCGUGUUUCAGAUCGCAUUUUACCUCCUUCUUUCACGAGAAAGCUGAAAGAAGCCAGUGGUCUCUUGGGUUCGCAUGUUGUCCUGGAUUGCAAAGUGUCUGGGUCACCACCUAUUUCUGUUUCCUGGUUCCAUGACGGACAUGAGAUCACUAGUGGAGACAAGUAUCAGACGACUCUCACAGACAAUACUUGCACUUUGAAAGUGAACACAUUAGAGGAAUUUGAUAUGGGAACUUACUCAUGCACAGCUACCAAUAUAGCUGGAUCGGAUGAAUGCAGUUCAUAUUUGACUGUUAGAGAACCUCCUUCUUUCGUGAAGAAACCUGAUCCCCUGCAAGUUUUAUCUGGGGAAAAUAUAACCUUUACCAGUAUCCUACAAGGCACCCCUCCACUGGAUGUUAAAUGGUUUAGAGGUAGCGUUGAACUAGUACCAGGACAUAGAUGCAACAUCUCCUUGGAAAAUUCAGUUGCAGAACUGGAGCUGUUUGACGUACAGCCACUCCAAAGUGGAGACUACACCUGUCUGGUCACAAAUGAGGCUGGCAGAGUUUCUUGCACAACACAGCUCUUUGUAAAAGAACCAGCCAAAUUUGUGAAAAAACUGAAUAAUCUCAAUGUGGAGAAAGGAAAACCAUUAAUUCUGGAAUGCACAUACUCUGGUACCCCUCCGAUUGCAGUCUUGUGGAAGAAAAAUGGAGUUGAAGUAGCUCAUUCUGCCAAAUGCAGCAUCACUACCACAGAAACCUCUGCCAUACUGGAAGUUCCCAGUAGUAAAGUAGAAGAUCAGGGACAGUAUACUUGCCACAUUGAGAAUGAUUCUGGGCAAGAUAAUUGUCACUGUGCAGUCUCAGUAUUAGAACCACCUUAUUUUGUUACACGCUUGGAACCCGUUCAGGUGACAGUUGGGGAUUCUGCAUCAUUACAAUGCCAAGUUGCUGGCACCCCAGAAAUUAUUGUAUCAUGGUACAAAGGAGAUACAAAACUAAGAGCAACUCCUACCUCUAAAAUGUACUUUAAGAACAAUGUUGCCACUUUGGUUUUCAGCCAGGUGGAUAGCGGUGAUAGUGGGGAGUAUAUCUGCAAAGCAGAAAACAGUGUUGGAGAGGCUUCUUCAUCAGCUUUGGUUUCUGCUCAAGAGCGUAAACUUCCUCCUUCAGUCACACGAACUUUGAGAGACAUUCAUGAAACUGUUGGCUUACCAGUUACAUUUGAUUGCGGAAUCACCGGCUCAGAACCUAUUGAAGUAUCCUGGUCUAAAGACGGCGUACAUAUCCGAGAUAGCUACAAUGUGCAAACCUCCUUCUUAAAUAAUGUAGCAACUCUCCAGUUUUUGCAGACUGACAAGAGCCUUGCUGGGCAAUACACUUGUACAGCUUCCAAUGCUAUUGGAACUGCUUCUUCCAGUGCCAGGCUUGUGCUUACAGAAGGGAAGAAUCCUCCAUUGUUUGACAUCCCAAUUGCACCCACGGAUGCUUUUGCUGGGGAUAGUGCUGACUUUGAAUGUCACAUAUCAGGAACACAACCAAUUAAGGUCACUUGGGCAAAAAAUAACCAAGAGAUACGGACUGGAGGAAAAUACCAGAUCAGUUAUGUAGAAAACAUAGCCCAUUUGACAAUUCUGA